CGUACAUUCGGGAAAGCAACCAAUAUCGGCUUCAGCCCAUAUUCCAUUUCCCGGGUCCGGCCAUUUUUACAUCCUUCCUAAUCUGUUCAAAUCAAAUAGGAGUACAAAAUUAAGCCCUCAUUUUCGACUGUGUUUCUACAUUUCCUCAAAAUUUCUUCGCCGCAUUCUUCUCUGCUCAACACAACAAGCUUCGAUUUCUUCUUCUCUUCAGCAAUGUCAAGUUGGAGAGCAAUCGGUGGAAAAUGCAGAGCUUUAAUGGCGGCUGCUAAGUCUUCUUCAACUCCUAAAAAAGCUUCUUCUACUCCUCAACGACCCAAGGGUCUUAUGAAGAGUGUUCCUAUCUCUCCUGCUCUUAGUAGCUUUAUUGGAUCUCCUGAAACUUCUAGAGCUGAAGCUGUCCAAAAGGUCUGGCAAUACAUCAAGCAGAAUAACCUUCAGAAUCCUGCUAAUAAGAGGGAAAUCCUAUGUGAUGAGAAGCUGAAGGCGUUGUUCAAUGGGAAGGAUUCUGUCGGUUUUCUGGAGGUCUCUAGUUUGCUGACCCAUCACUUUGUAAAAAAAGGUUGAUCUAUGCCUGGAUGGAAAAAAAAAGGCAUCUAUGUUAAUUUCAGGACUGCUAGUUUUUUAUUUUGUUUUUUUUAGAGUUUUGGGUAUUUGGUUAUUGAAACCUGAAAUGUAGGUUAUGCAUGGCUUUGAUGUCCAAUUUCAUCCUAAUGACUUAAUUUGUAGAUGACUGUGUGAAUUGUCAUGCAGUUAAUGCAAAAAUAUGAAUGUGGGUUUGUUCAUCUGCUUGACGCAGUUAACGAAUUAAUCUUGGUGCUAAUUGAGACGCCUCGUGGGCUCUAUUUUUCCUCU